AUGGCAUCACUAAAAUCCCACCUCCAACGCUUUGCCCAGCGCUUUAAGAACGACCCCCGCCAUUACUUUGUCGCGAUGACUCCCGUUGCAUCAGGUCUAUUAUUAGGCCUGAGCCUCUCCAAAUGGCGACUCAACAAAUACCUCAGCGAACAGAUAGAACAGGGAUAUGUUGAAGUCAAGAUCGAACCCAAGGAACUCGAACAAGCCUUCAAAGACAUGGGCCUUCUUUUAAAGAAACACGGUAUUGAGACGGAAGAUAUCGUGUCUAGCACACGCAAAGAAAGCCCGAAUUGUAGUAUUAGGUGGAAUAUCGGGGGCGUAUUGAAAGCUUUUGCGGAGUCUAAGGAAGAGGAGGAGAGAAGAAAGAAUGAGGAGGGAAAGAAGGAAGAAGGGAGGUUGAUUCAUGUGCGUGAGGGCAAGAGAGGGGAUGCGGAAUUGGAGCCUAGCAGUCAGGAAGUGCAUAGUGCGAUUGAAUCAUCUUGA